CUUGCAUAGAACAUCUGACUAAGCCACAAAACCAGAGUCUUUCUUUUCUCAUCUAUGUGAAGCUUUCUAGAAUUCAUGUGCUCAAAUGCCAUCAGUGGUUACAAUCUGACUUCUGAGAAAACUGAAGGUUGCCCUAGGUAUUUCUUGAGCAACUGCUCCAAAGUCUUCGCUGUCUUAAAACCAUCUGAUUUGGCAAAUAUUUCAAUUGCAACAGCCUUAGCUGCUGACAGUUCUGAUACCAAGGUCCUUGAAUCCUCACCGCCUGAACUUGAUUUUUACUAAUUAUAAGGAAACAGGAAGAUGGACGGUUCCAUAGGUAUAGAUUAUACAACCCCAUUUGACUAUGAUGACGCGCCGCAACCCGAAGAAACUCCUGUUUCCCAAGAAUUCUAUUCCCAUGUGGUGCCAACACUCUACUCUUUGGUGUUCAUAUUUGGCCUCCUGGGCAAUACACUAGUUGUGCUGGUCCUCUUCCUAUUCAAAAAAUUCAGAAGCAUGACUGAUAUCUUCCUGCUCAAUUUAGCCAUUUCAGACUUGCUUUUCAUAGUCUCGCUCCCAUUUUGGGCUUAUGCUGCUGGAAACAAAUGGGUAUUUGGAAGUACGAUGUGCAAGAUUCUCUCGGCUGUUUAUGACACCGGCUUUUACAGCGGAAGCUUUUUUAUCAUCCUUUUGACCAUCGACAGAUACCUGGCUAUUGUUCAUGCAGUGUUUGCAAUGAAAGCUAGAACGGUGCUAUAUGGCACGCUGACAAGUGGCUUUACAUGGGGAUUGGCUUCGCUGGCCUCUGUGCCAACACUGAUGUUUUCCAUGGUCCAGAAAAGAAAGGAGGGCCCAAGAUGCAGCCUCUCAACAGGAGAGACAAAUACCUUGAAACACCUGUUAGUUUCCAUGAGGGUCAUCUUGGGGCUAAUCGUUCCGUGGCUCAUCAUGCUCUUUUGUUACGUGAAAAUUCUUAUGGUUUUGAUGAAGAACAGAAAUGAUAAAAAGAUGAAGGCUAUCAGGCUUAUUUUUGUGAUCAUGGUAGUUUAUUCUAUCUUCUGGGUGCCAUACAAUGUCACCUUGCUGCUGAUCACCUAUCAGGAUUCAUUUUUCACACAUAGCAAUGACAAUUUAGUUUUAGCAUUUCAAGUGACCGAAACAAUUGCUAUGUCUCACUGUUGCAUCAAUCCUGUGAUAUAUGCCUUUGUAGGGGAGAAAUUCAGGAAAUAUCUCUCUACCUUGUUCCGAAAGUGCACAGUAGUUUCUCGCUGUAAGGUCUGUCUAGGUGCUGGUCUCCCUAGUUUAGAACGAUCUUUUUCUUCCAUAAGUACUUUGGAGCAUGAUAUUUCCACUGGUUUGUAAAAUACUUUCUAAUAGUGUGUGGGUAUGUAUAACUCACAAUGGUCAAAUUAGUUGUAGCCACAAUUCAAGACAUUGGUGCACUUUCCGUACUGCUUAAUUGAUCCCACCACAGUAUGACUUUCUUUUCAAGUAAGGAUAUUGCUAAUGGAUGUUAUCAAUGCAAUAAAAAAUGGCUUAAUGAAAAAGAAGAGGAAUAAAUAUGUUUCUUAAUAGUCUUUUUCCUCAAAAGUAUAACUUUCUGAAAGUAAUCAUGUAUCAGAGAUGUACAAAACAA